AUGUCAAACUCGGUUUCCGACGAAGUAGCAGAGGACUACAAAAGUUCCUUGGAGGAUCUCAUCACCAACGAUCGAUUCCAGAUCAGCAAUCUGACUGUCAUUGCGAAAGAAAACACAGAACAUGCAGAGGCUAUAUCCAAGGUGCUGGAGGAUCAUAUUCGAUCUACCCCGCCGCCGCGGAAACUGCCCGCUCUCUAUGUAGUUGAUUCCAUCGUCAAGAAUGUCGGAACCCCAUACACUCUCUUCCUGGGACGGAAGAUGUUCCAGACAUUUAUAAACGCGUACACUCUCGUCGAUGCGCAGACUCGCCGCAAGCUAGAUGAGAUGCUCAAGACAUGGAAAGAACCCGCUGCAGGCUCGUUGGAUACUCGUCCAGUCUUCCCGCCCCAAAUCACUCGCGAUAUUGAAAACGCCCUGAUCAAGGCCCGCACCGCGUUCUUGGACUCGCAGCGUUUAAGAGGUCAACCGGAGAUCAAUCGCGGCCGUGGUAGCGUCACACCAACAGGAUGGGCCAAUAGCCCCACGCCACCAGGCAUGUCUCGACAGAACCAGCCUUAUGCGAACCAUGGAGGCAUCUCAAGGACUGCGCGUCAAGAUGUGGACUCGGUAGCUCUGAACCGGGACCUGGAGGCCUUGAUAGCGUCGGCACGAAAUGACUUCGCAAACAGUCCUUUUAAUCCCACAACUCAACAGCGGCUUAAGUCACUGCUUGAUCUCCAGCUCAUCAUGCAGCGCCAGCAGCUUACUUCCGAAGAGCGGCAGCUCGUUAGGAAUCAACUCUCCUCGUUUAAAAUCCCACAGGCAGCACCUAUCCAAGCUCCCAAUUCCUCAGUACCAGCCCCGGCUCCCCCAGCGUCGACACCACCAACCCAACCUGCAUCCCAACCGUACCCGCAGAUGCUGAAUUCCGAAACUAUUGCGGAGCUUCUCAAAGCGACUGCCGUGAGCCAACAACCCACUCCUCCUCCCCAGAUCUCCAACAUCCUCCCCACAAUGCCCCAGAUCCCCCUUACCAGCAAUACCCCGCAACCAGCCGAGAAUCCCAUCAUCGCUGCUCUCCGGCUACGGGGGCUUUUGCCUCCUGCGUCGGCCCCGCCAACCAUGGGCUCAGGUGGAACACCUCCCCCAGGCUCUCUACCAUUCUUCAUUCCCGGUCAACUCCGAGUUACGCCGCCUGUUGCAACCCCUCAAGCAUCAACUCCAGUUGGCUCAUUAUCUACUGUCCCCAUGAAUACUAUCUCCAUGAAGAUUCCUCGAAUGGCGCUCGUUGUUUCCCUCUACGACGCGAAGCCAAAUCGGUGCGGAACCUGUGGUCGCCGUUUCUUGGCCACUGCAGAGGGCCGAGAAAAGAAAGCCCGGCAUUUGGACUGGCAUUUUAAGACCAACCAGCGCAUGGUGGAGGCUACCAAGCGAGCCCAGACUCGUAGCUGGUAUGUCGAUGAAGGGGAUUGGAUUCAGUCUCGUGAGGCUGAUGACGACCAAGGCACAGAGGACGCCGAGGCCACUGCCGAAGGAGCCGCAGGUGCUGAGAGUAAUGACACCAAGAAAGGCCCGCCGAAGCAGUGGAUUCGGGCCCCCAAUGAUGCCGUGCUGCGCAAUACGCCUUGUCCCAUCUGCCAGGAGAAAUUUGAAUCGACCUGGUCCGAAGAGGUGCAGGACUGGAUCUGGCAGGAUGCUGUCACCGUCAGCGGUCGUGUCUACCAUGCCAGCUGCUACGAUGAGGUCACCAAGGAUGGCCCAGCUCCGCGCAGCUUCACUCCUCAAGCACGUACCGCCACCCCAGACUCAGUGCUUGGCAAGCGAAAAGCCGAGGGCGUCGAGUCUCCCGGGUCUAAAGUGCGUAUUAAGAUGGAGUCAUAA